AUGGCCUCACCAACUCUUGCAUGCUUCGCUCUUCUUAUAUUAGUGAUUGCCACUACCACUAUUACAACUUCUUUCACCCUCUAUCUCAUCCACCGCGACUCCCAACUCUCUCCCUCCUAUGAUUCUUCAACCAUCAACUUCCACCGUCUCCGCGAUUCAUUUCUCCGCUCCAUUGCACGCGCCUCUCGCUUAACACGCGCCACAACCAUCCCCACAGUCGAGUCAACAGUGUUCUCGAGCUCCAGGGAGUAUCUCAUGAACGUCUCUGUUGGAACCCCACCGGUGCAAGUCCUCGGAACAGCCGACACCGGCAGUGACCUCAUAUGGACCCAAUGCAAGCCAUGCAAGCAGUGCUUCGACCAAAACCCUCCCCUCUUUGACCCGGCCCGCUCAUCUACCUACAAAACCCUACCAUGCCAGUCCAGCUCAUGCUCCGACCUCGAUCAAGCCACCUGUGCCACCGCUGCCGAGUCUUCCGACGGCCAAGACACAUGCCAGUACAGCUACCAUUAGGACCGCUCCUACACACGUGGAAGUUUAGCUAAGGAAACCUUCGUUAUCGGAUCAACCUCCAGCCAUAAGGUCUCCCUUUCCGAGAUCAUCUUCGGUUGCGGCCAUGAUAACGGUGGCACUUUCGACGAGUCCGGCUCCGGUCUGAUAGGUCUCGGUGGCGGUCCACUUUCUUUCAUUUCUCAGUUAUCAAAAUCGACAGACGGAGGGAAGUUCUCCUAUUGCUUGGUUCCCAACGGUGCCAAAUCAAAUGAAGCGAGCAAGAUCAGUUUCGGCACAGCUAGCAUUGUCUCCGGCGCCGGCGCCGUAUCAACUUUUCUAGUCUCCAAACAGCCCAACACGCUCUACUAUCUCACGCUCGAGGCCAUUAGCGUAGGAAAAAAGAAGUUACUCUACAAGAGCCCAUCAAACAAGGCCAUCGACGAAAGUGAGGGUAACAUUAUAAUUGAUUCUGGUACUACAUUGACCCUUCUGCCGCCUGGCUUCCACGACGACGUCGUUUCGGCUCUCGAGUCAGCUAUUAAUGCAGAGAGAGUUAGUGAUCCUAGAGGCGUUUUGAGUAUUUGUUUUAAGAGCAAGAGAGAUCACAUUGGUGUACCGUUUAUAACGGCACAUUUUAGCGGUGGGGCUGACGUUAAGUUGAACGCUUUGAACACGUUUGCGAGGGUGGAGGAUGACAUGGUUUGCUUUACAAUGAUUCCGUCCGAUGAUGUGGCCAUAUUUGGGAACCUGGCUCAGAUCAACUUCCUGGUGGGCUAUGACCUAGACGAGAGAACUGUUUCCUUCAAGCCAACUGAUUGCACUAAGCAUCGUUAA